AUGCCUAUGGCAGCAGCACAGGGCAAGCUGAGUCCGGAGGCCAUGGACAACGAAGUCAUCAGCAACGGCAGCGCCAAGGACUACCUGGACCCUCCUCCGGCGCCGCUGGUCGACGCAGGCGAGCUGGGCAAGUGGUCUUUGUACCGUGCCGUCAUCGCCGAGUUCACAGCUACACUGCUCUUCGUUUACGUCGCCUUGGCCACCGUAGUCGGCCACAAGCGCCAGACCGACGCCCAGGCGUGCAGCGGCGCCGGCGUGUUGGGCAUCGCGUGGGCCUUCGGCGGCACGAUCGCCGUCCUUGUCUACUGCACCGCCGGCAUCUCCGGCGGCCACAUCAACCCCGCGGUGACGUUCGGGCUGCUUCUGGCGCGCAAGGUCUCCCUUCCCCGAGCCUUCCUGUACAUGGUGGCGCAGUGCGUGGGCGCCAUCUGCGGCGCGGCGUUGGUGAGGGCCGUGCACGGCGGCCACCACUACGCGCUCUACGGGGGCGGCGCCAACGAGCUGGCGCCCGGAUACUCCAGGACGGCGGGGCUCAUCGCGGAGAUUGCCGGCACCUUCGUGCUCGUGUACACCGUGUUCUCGGCGACCGACCCGAAGCGCAUCGCCUGGGACCCGCACGUCCCGGUGCUGGCGCCGCUGCUCAUCGGGUUCGCCGUGCUCAUGGCGCACCUCGCCACCAUCCCCGUCACCGGCACCGGUAUCAACCCGGCGAGGAGCUUUGGCGCCGCCGUGGUGUACAACGACAAGAAAGCUUGGGACGACCAGUGGAUGUUCUGGGUUGGCCCGUUCAUCGGCGCCGCCGUGGCCAUGGUGUACCACCAGUACAUCCUCAGGAACAGCUCCAUCUUCCGGUCCAACUACGAUGGCUGUUGGGCUUAA